AUGACUACUCUGGAGUCUGCUGACGCAGCCGCGCUGAAGGAUCUGCUCCCGCAGGACGUGCAGACUCUGGUGCAGGAUUCCGACUCCCACCUGCUGGGCUCCGGGUCCUGCGCCAGCGUGUAUGCUGUCUCCUGCGAAGGGCGCACUGAAGAGAGCCACGCCCUCCUGAUGUCCUUCUGCGGAAAGGAGGCCCUUCGUGUCUACCUGCGCCGAGGCGGCCUCUCGUUCCAGCACGCCCUCUCCGGGGCCCUGUGCGUGACGGAGCGCCUUCAGGACCUGCAUCGGGCGGGCUUCGUCCACGGGGACCUCAAGCUCAACAACGUGACGCUGAAGGAGGACGGCGAGCGGAACGUGGAGUCCGUCCACCUCGUCGACUUCGGCCUCUCCGCCCGCGUCGGGGAGAGGUUCCCGCCGCGGAAGAGGCCUCGAAACAUGGCCUGGUACUGCGGCUGCCGCUACGCCGGCCGCCCCCUGGUGCCGCCGUGCGACCUGCCCGGCCUCGCCACCAUCCUAGCGAGGCUGUUCCGGGGCAGAGACGACGUGCCGCCCAAGCACGACCAGCGCCCCGCCCUGGAGGACGUGCGGCGGUGCCUGGCCGAGGCCUGCGCCUCCCUCCCGCCCGAGGAGGAGGGGAGGAAGGCCCAGCUCGAGGCCUGCGCCUCCCUCCCGCCCGAGGAGGAGGGGAGGAAGGCCCAGCCCGAGGCCGCCCCGGCCGGCAAGCGCCCUCGCGAGGACGAGGACGAGCCGCAGGAGAGGACGACUCCGGCCGAGGAGCAGGUCGCCCAGGGGCCCGAGAGGAAGCGCGCGCGCGCGGACCCAGAGCAGGUCGCUCUAGGCUCCGCCCACUGCAGACACGCCCAGUGA